GAUUAGCUGAUCCGAAUCGACCCAAAUACUGCGUCUUGUUCUUUCUUCCUCUAAAAUUGCCGACAAGGAAGUCCGAUUCCCACAACAACGUUUGCCUAAGCAGAUUCAGGACUAAAUGAAACCCAAUCGCGGCCGUCGAUUGAAUGGACUUUGACUCCCCAUGUCCACGCUCAUCGGGAUUCGAGAUGCCGCCUCCUCCUCCGACGUCAACGGCGGCUUGUACUCGCCUGCGAAGGAGAAAGCGGCCAUCAGAGGCGCUUACAGCAGCCGCUCGCCGCUUCUUCUUCGCCGAGCUCGCCAGCUACUCGCCGCGACCAAGGUGAAGGUUCUUCUGGGUCUCUGUACCCUCUGCAUCGUCGUCUUGGUCAACUCAAGACUUAGUUCGUUGAUGGGUUGGAAUCCUCACUACCCUUCGUCAGUCUCUUCUCCUUCUAGGGGUGGCUACACGGUGCUUAUCAACACUUGGAAACGAAAUUCUCUUCUCAAGCAAUCGGUUGCUCACUAUGCAUCCUGCAGCGGAACUGAUGCAAUUCAUGUAGUGUGGAGUGAGACCGAUCCUCCUCCAGAGAAUCUCAAAGCCUAUCUGAAGAAAGUUGUGUUUUCCAAGUCCCAGGCAGCUCACAAACCCAACUUUAGGUUUGAUAUAAAUCAAGAAGAUAACUUGAACAACAGAUUCAGGCCCAUUGAGGAGCUCCGAACAGAUGCAAUUUUCUCCAUUGAUGACGAUGUGAUCGUUCCUUGUGCUACGUUGAAUUUUGCUUUCACCGUAUGGCAAAGUGCUCCAUUCACAAUGGUGGGAUUUGUACCACGUACGCACAGGCUGGAUAUGGCGAAUAAUGGUGAUGCAUAUUACAAAUAUGGAGGAUGGUGGUCAGUUUGGUGGAUGGGCACUUAUAGUAUGGUUCUCUCAAAAGCUGCAUUCUUCCACAGGAAGUAUUUGGAUAUAUAUACUCACAAGAUGCCCUCAUCGAUUCAUGAUUAUGUAUCCAGGGAAAGGAACUGUGAAGAUAUUGCUAUGUCACUGCUUGUUGCCAAUGCCACCAGUGCUCCCCCUAUAUGGGUGAAAGGGAAGAUCUAUGAGAUUGGAUCAUCAGGCAUCAGCACUUUGAAAGGGCACAGUGAUUCAAGGAACAAAUGCCUCAAUGAUUUCAUUUCUCUCUAUGGAACUAUGCCUCUUGUAUCAACCAAUGUUAAAGCUGUGGAUGCGAGGCAUGAAUGGUUCUGGUAGUUUUACCUGUUCCAUUUCUUCACUGCCCGUCAAUAACAAUCUCAGUAGUUAUAUAUUCUCUAUUUUCUUUAGGAACUAAGGUCAUAUGCGUAUGGCACACAUGUUUUAAGUUUUGAAUCUCAUGGUUUUCAAUUCCAUUUGUGUGGCUUUCCCACUUUUUCUA